UUUCUAGAAUCGAUCGGAGGAAAAUGGCUCAAGCUAUGGCAUCUUCUUCUAUGUCUGGCCUGCGCAGUUACUCUCAACUUCAAGGUAGCCUCCAACUCUCUGGCUCCACGCGCCUCAGCCUGCCCGCCUUCUCCAGGUUGAGUUUGGGCCUGUCCCGUUCCGCUGGGCUCACUCUCAGAGCCCAGCAAGUUAAGCCCGACACCGAAACCAGCCGCCGGGCAAUGCUUGGUCUUGUCGCCGCCGGCCUGGCCUCCGGCUCUUUCGCUCAAGCCGUCCUCGCCGAUGCCAAGUCCAUCAAAGUCGGCCCUCCUCCUCCCCCUUCCGGUGGAUUGCCUGGAACGCUGAACUCAGAUCAGCCAAGGGACCUUAAGCUACCUCUGAAAGAAAGGUUCUACCUGCAACCUCUAUCUCCGACCGAGGCGGCGCAGAGAGUGAAGGAAUCAGCGAAGGAUAUAAUAAACGUGAAGGAGCUGAUCGACAAGAAGGCUUGGCCUUACGUGCAGAAUGAUUUGCGGCUGAAAGCAGAGUAUCUUCGUUAUGAUCUUAACACCGUCAUAUCUGCUAAGCCUAAGGACCAGAAGAAAUCCCUCAAGGAACUCAGUUCCAAACUCUUUCAGGACAUCAGCAAUUUGGAUCAUGCUGCAAAAAUUAAAAGCACACCACAAGCGGAGAAGUAUUAUGCGGAUACUGUGUCUACUCUGAAUGAUGUUCUUUCGAAGCUGGGUUGAAGAAAUUGAAUGUUUUUGUUUUGUAAUCUGUGUUUAUCAGUUUAUGUAACACGUUGGUUGUUUUUGAAUGAACUUUGAUUGAAGAGAAUCAAAGGAGACGAAAUUUGUUUCCUCACCAGUUUUGGCAAGGAUGGCAAACACGUCUGUUACAUAAUUACAUGGGAAGAGGAAAUAAAAAAUUGAGCAAUUUUUUUGUA